AUGUCUGGUGCCUAUGCAGAUUACCGGAAUCUAAACCAAAGGCACGAUUUUGAGCAAAAUUUAGAAACCCAAUUUCCGGCGAGUUCAGUAACAAGGUCUAUGCAAGAAAAAGUAACAUUUGGUCAGAACAACGUCCACACUGAGACUCUAAGGGAAAUAGUAAUUGAUGCAAUAACCCAGGAAAACGAUUUGGCAGUUUUGGAGUCCCAAAUAUCACCAGACGAAGUGAUAACAAACUCAGAUAUCACUAAUACGGAUGAACUAAUUGAUGAAAGUAGAAUUUUGGAUAAAGAAGAGGAAGAAAAAGAAGAGAAGUUUUAUAGGAAAAGGAGUGGUGGCUUAUAUACGCUGUUCAGUAUAUGGGAUAUAAUUAAGAAGAGCGCGAUCAAUUUAGUGUUGCCGUUUAUCAAUGGUAUGAUGUUGGGCUUUGGCGAGAUUUUGGCCCAUGAGAUUGGGUUCCAUUAUAGGUGGCAUGGUGCAAGGGUAGAGCCACCUAGAAGAUUACAGCAAAGAAAACUAGAAAAAGAAGAAAAAGUCGCCGCUACAGGUGCUGCUGCAAUUGCUGGUCUGAGGUUUCUAUAA